AUGAAUCAUCAGCUAUUGAAAGUUAUAACGGAAGUUUGCGGAGCACAUCAUCCUAAUACAGAGCCAUGCUUCACUAUUGCUGAUUUUGAUUUUGAUUUGAUGUUUCAAAGGCAAAAUUUCCUCAAGCCUGAAUGUCCAGCUUUAAAACUAUAUAAUUCUGUUUUCGGAGGUCUGUACUUAGGACAGCAUCUUCUUCUGAAGGAAAAGCGACAGGCAGAAAGAGAAGAGCUGAAUGGUGAAAGCUUACUCGAAGUCUGGAAAGCGUCGUACCCCUCUCAAACCAGAAUUGAUAAGAGUUAUAUUGAAAUAUGUGCAAAGAACCUCCUCCACUUGAAAAGAAAUGGAUUUAUUCACCCACUUCUGUGCUUCAAAUUGAAUUUGGAGAAACACUUGAAUUUUGCAUGUGGAGUUUUACAGUCGUUGCAAUACUUAAAAGACAUUUGCAAUUUCCUACCAGGUCUUCUUGCCCGAAUUCUUGUCUCUUUAAACGAUCUUGAAGAAGGAUAUAAAAGAACUUAUUUUUCGAACUCAGCCAGGGUGAAUCAGCUUCACCUUUCAUACCGUGAGGCAAUAAACGAAGCUGAGUCUCUUGCUCGAAUGAAUGAUAUCAUGGCAGAAUUUUUGAGCACAACCAGUAGACUCCAACGCAUCCUUUGGAUGGGUGGAACUGAUGCAACAUUAAUCACUGCUUACAAUGAUUUUCAAACCCAACAGAAUGAGCUAUGUAAAAUCACUCCAUUUUGCGACUACAAAUAUGUCGUGGAAACAUUGAAAACUUUGCUUGAAACAAUCACAGAGGUUUUGAAUGAGGCUCAACGAGGAGGAGAUAUACAAAUCUCUGAGGAUGAUCUUGAAACCCCAAGAGACUAA